AUGGAGCAUAACGUGUUACACACUUUGAUCGAAAGCGUGCUUGUAUGCUCUUACGCUUUUGUUUUAUUCAUCAUUAUAACGUCCAGAGUGAAGGUCUUGAAAACUGCGUUUUACGUGAUAUUUGUCGCAACAGGAGUCGCUGAUCUAUUCGCCAUAUUCGCAAGCUGCUUCAACCGACUGAAUCGUCAACUUGGUCUGGGUCCGGAAUUCAAGACACUUGUUUCUUUUGUUAUAAAUUUAGUCAGUAUGGACACGUUUCUCAGCACAUUGAUCGAAGAAAACAUGUUCUCCCAUCAAUCGAUUACAGCGCUUUGCUCUGAAGAAGUUAUGACAAGCGGCAACUCUAGAAUCAGUGGCCAUGAAAAGGGUCUACUGUUCUACACAGCGCUUGUGUUCGUCUCUACCAUGAUGAUGUGCUUGCAGCAAGUCUUGAAAGCAAUUGCAACUCUCUCCAACAACACAGACCUCGAUUUAUGGGCGACCAUGCAAUUUUUCUGGAUCAACGACGUAAUGGUGUGUGUUCCACCUGCUAGUCUAGUGAUGUUGUCAGCAGACCUUCGCCAGGAUAUUGCCAACUUUUUCCGCUGUAGAAGACAUCGCAGCAAAUCCCUUGCCUCCGUUUCUGUUCUCAACAAAUCUACAAUUGUAAAGUGA